UCCCAAUGGGUGGAAGUUGGGGGCGGGGCUCCCUGAGGGGCGGGGAAGAACGGGGUGCGGGGAGGGGGUUGCAGAAGGAGCGGAGCGGAGCGGCUGCCGCUCAAUGGCGGAAAAGCCGCCGGUGCUCUGACGGACUCGUCCCCCAAGCACUUGCGGGGGAGUUUCCUGCCGGUGCGGCUGGAGUCUCUUUCUCAGGGUUCGGUGGCUGGAAAAUGUUCCAGAGAGACGAGGCUGCGGCGGAGGAGGUGGCGGCGGCGGAAUCGGCAACGGCGCUAGUGUGGAGAGAAGGUGGCGGCGGCGGCGUGAGGGGCCCGACGGUGUAAACAGCCCCGAAGGCGGCGGCGGAGGUGGCCGAGACCCCGAGGGGGAAGCCGCGGCUGAGGCAGGGUCGCGCCUCCGUUGGAAACCUGGGCUGAGUACAGCAGUGGGGCUCUGCGCCAGGCGCGAGCAAGACGCCCUAGACCUCGCCUCCCUCCCUCGCCUCAGAUUCAUUACUAAAUAUGGGUGCAUUUUUGGAUAAGCCCAAAACUGAGAAACAUAAUGCUCAUGGUGCUGGGAAUGGUUUACGUUAUGGCCUGAGCAGUAUGCAAGGAUGGAGAGUGGAAAUGGAAGAUGCACACACAGCUGUUGUAGGUAUUCCUCACGGCUUGGAAGACUGGUCAUUUUUUGCAGUUUAUGAUGGCCAUGCUGGAUCCCGAGUGGCAAAUUACUGCUCCACGCAUUUAUUAGAACACAUCACUAAUAAUGAAGACUUUAGGGCAGCUGGAAAAUCAGGAUCUGCUCUUGAGCCUUCAGUGGAAAAUGUCAAGAAUGGUAUCAGAACUGGCUUUUUGAAAAUUGAUGAAUACAUGCGUAACUUUUCAGACCUCAGAAAUGGGAUGGACAGGAGUGGUUCAACUGCAGUGGGAGUUAUGAUUUCUCCUAAACAUAUUUACUUUAUCAACUGUGGUGAUUCACGUGCUGUGCUGUAUAGGAAUGGACAAGUCUGCUUUUCUACCCAGGAUCACAAACCUUGCAAUCCAAGGGAGAAGGAGCGAAUCCAAAAUGCAGGAGGCAGUGUAAUGAUACAACGUGUUAAUGGUUCAUUAGCAGUGUCUCGUGCGCUGGGGGACUAUGAUUACAAGUGUGUUGAUGGCAAGGGCCCAACAGAACAACUUGUUUCUCCAGAGCCAGAGGUUUAUGAAAUUUUAAGAGCAGAAGAGGAUGAAUUUAUCAUCUUGGCUUGUGAUGGGAUCUGGGAUGUUAUGAGUAAUGAGGAGCUCUGUGAAUUUGUUAAAUCUAGGCUUGAGGUAUCUGAUGACCUGGAAAAUGUGUGCAAUUGGGUAGUGGACACUUGUUUACAUAAGGGAAGUCGAGAUAACAUGAGUAUUGUGCUAGUUUGCUUUUCAAAUGCCCCCAAGGUCUCAGAUGAAGCGAUGAAAAAAGAUUCAGAGUUGGAUAAGCACUUGGAGUCAAGGGUUGAAGAAAUUAUGGAGAAGUCUGGUGAAGAAGGAAUGCCUGAUCUUGCCCAUGUCAUGCGCAUCUUAUCUGCAGAAAAUAUCCCAAAUUUGCCUCCUGGAGGAGGUCUUGCUGGCAAGCGCAAUGUUAUUGAAGCUGUUUAUAGUAGACUGAAUCCACACAGAGAAAAUGAUGGGGCCUCCGAUGAAGCAGAGGAAGGUGGAUCACAGGGGAAAUUGGUGGAAGCUCUCAGGCAAAUGAGAAUUAAUCAUAGGGGAAACUACCGACAACUUCUGGAGGAGAUGCUGACUAGUUACAGGCUAGCUAAAGUAGAGGGAGAAGAAAGCCCUGCUGAACCAGCUGCUACAGCUUCUUCUUCGAACAGUGAUGCUGGAAGCCCAGUGACAAUGCAGGAAAGCCAUACUGAAUCAAAAAGAGAUCUUGCUGAAUUAGAGAGCUCUAAUGAAGAUGCAGGGACAAAGAUGAGUGAUGAAAAAAUAUGACUUUCCUUUUUGGUAAUAUUUUUGUGAUCCUUGGUUUGAUGGUUUUUACUUAGGAAGUAUAAUGUAUGCAUUUAUAUAACCGUUUUGUUAUUUGAAUCCUGGAAAACUAGUUUAUUAUACUCAUAUAGCCUUGUUUUUUUAAGAAGGCCUUCUUUGCAUACACCUUUAUCAGACAGUUUAAAAUUAAGUAUUUAUAGUUCUUUGAGUUUAAUAAAAUGAUAUAUAAUUUCAUCUUGUAUGCCAGAAAUUAGGCUACCAUUUAUUAAAGUCAGUUUAAGUAAAAUUCAUACUAGGCAGGAUUAGAGAUUACUGAUUAGAGAGUGCAUUAUAUUGUAUAAAAAAAUUGUUAAUGUAGAAUUAUAUUGCUUCACAUUACAUAUUAGUACACUCGUAGUUAACUUUGUAAUAAAUUUGUGUUUUCCUUAAUAAGUUUGGUUCUUCAAAGAAUGACUGAUGCUAGGCUGUAAUUCUCUCAAGGAUGAUGAUUUUGUGUUGUUGACUUGUUUAUAUUUUACAUCUCUGUAGUUUUAUUUUUAGAAGUUGUGAGAUAUUGGAUGUGUGGUUAUUUUUCCUUUUUCUGUAUUCUUCAUAAACAGUUUUUGAAAAACCUAUGUAUUAUUCAUACAGCUUUGGUUUGUAUAAUCUGUAUAGCCUAACUACACACAUCAAAAUGUAUGUCAAUCAAGUGUUUAGAAUGAAAUUAUAAGUGUUUAAGUCCAAAUAAAGCAUGUGAUGUGGAAUAAUCUAUGCAUGUUGUACUUAUUUUUAAGUUAUUUUUUUUUUAAACAAUCAGGUUUGGUACACUGGGAAAAUUACCCAUUAGAAAUUCAUUUGUAUUUAGGUAGAAUUUAGAAAACUUUUGACUUAGCUUAUUUCUUUAACUAAGAGGAAAACUUUUAUUUAAAAAUAGAAAAGUUACAUUGAUAUUAUUUAAAUGUGUACUCAAAGUAAAUCUGUUUCUUCUCCCCUUUUGUGGGGAUAAUUACAGAAUAUUAAUUUUUAGACAAUAUGGACACACAUUUGAGAAAAUUGCCAUGAUGACCAUUUUAUUUAAAAAAUUGCAACAUUGUCAAUUUUGCUAUAAGUAUUCAUCACUUAUUAAUAAAUUUUGUGAGCAAUUUUAAACAGUGGCAGAUUUGUUUUAGUUAAAAUUGAAAUGUUAAAUACAGGUGGCUGUUAGUCACAUGGGAAAAUAUUUUUUUAAACAACAAUUUUGUGACUGUAGAACAUUGACUUCUUCAUAUUUAUGUCAUGUGUCUAAGGUUACUCAAAGUGUACCAUAAUUUGAAACUUCCAUAGCUCAUAUUAUGACCUGUUUUUCCAAAGCCAGAAUAUUUUUUAAGUCAUUUAAGAGGAGGGCAUUUGGUGGAGAGGGGAGAAUGAAACCAACCAGUUAUCUGUAUAGAUAGAUACAUCUAUACACUCACAAUAUACAGUACACACACCUCUCCGUAAAAGUGCCUUUUUCAAACAAAGGAAGGUAAUUUUGUUCAUCUAAUUUUGUUUUCUUUUGAAAUUCAUUCCAAUCUGGAAGUAGUAUAGGUAAAUAGUAAUAACAUUCUUCCUUUUCUCUUCCUGUAGGGUGCUGGAGAUCUAGAAGACCCAUGGUAGCCUUAUAAACCUUCUAAAAUGCUUUUGAUUCUGAAAAUUGGGGGAAAAAACUUUUAGUCACAAUUUUCUUCAAUACAAGGGAAAAAUAUUCUUGUGGAUUCCCAACGUUUUGUGAUAUGAGCAGAAAAUCAUUAGCAUUUCCCAUUAUUUGUUCAUAUUUGUGUUUUCUGAUAAUUGCCACUCAUAGCAUUUCCUGUACUACAGUAUUUUUGCCAACCUCAGGCAUACAGGUUACGUCUGUAUUGAACUUUUGGCCCUAGAAACCAGUGGAGUUAUUUCACCACAGAUCAACAAAUGUGCCUGAGGUGCAUGGGAAUAUAGUUAGCUGUACUCUGAAGAAACGUUAUUAUUAUUAUUUUUUUAAAAAACAAAACACACAACAUAUAAGCAUGUAAGAGUAAAGAAUUGUAUGAGAUGUUCCUUUUUCAGUUCACCAAGUUGGAAACCUUUUGCAGCUCUGUGGCUUGGAAUUUCAUUUGAGCAAUUUACUAUAUUUUUUCCAAUUUUACUUGUAUUACCAACUGGGUUCUCCAAUAAUGUCCAAAUUGUAUUGUUGCCUUGCUUCAAGAUAAAGUGUAUUUGGCAAUAAUAAUAUAAACCCUUAUGAAUUUUAUGCAUGUAUCUACUACAUCCUUCAACUUUUACUAGAAAAUCUUUUGAAACCAAAUAGAUUAAUUUAUGGCUAUUUAUAAUUUGCUUUGACAUCUCACUGCUGCAAAAUUUUUUAAAUGAUGAAAUUUGCCUUUAUAGUGUAAAUUGUGAUUUUUGUUUUAUGUGUGGGUUUCUAUAGUUUUAAUUUUUUCAGCUUUUAAGAUACAAACAAGUUUUGUGUAAUUUGGUAUAAUUUUUAAUUGUUUACAUUAUUUUAAAAGCUCAGAAUAUCACAUUGAAAUUAUUAUAAAUACAGUUAAAAUGAUCUAUUUUAGGUCUAAGGAAAUACUACAGAGAUAUUUUCAUGGGUUCAGUGACCUUUCAUUUUAUAACAUUGGGCACGGUACAGAGUGGCUGUCACAUAGGUACUUGAAGAUUAUUAGUUUAAUUCUAUUUUACAAUGACCUUGAUUUCUUGAAUUCUUUUUGAGUUUUGCAUGUAUUAAAUCCAAUUAAUGCUGAACACAAAGAGCAAAAUAUUUAUUAAAAGACGCAAUUGGGGAAGGAGAAACAAUGAACGUAUCCAUUUGUACAUGGUUUACAUGUUGUGGAUGCUUCGUAAACAUUUUUCCAUAUGUUUAAACUGUGUUUCAGCAGGAUGUAAUUGCCCUUGUGUGUAGUUAAAAUAAUGAGUCAUCAUCUGGUCCUGUGUGAAAUGGAAUUCAUGGUAUUUUCUGUAACAUUUUUCUGAAGCUGUUUCUGGAGAGCCACACAUUUGAAUAUAGACAGCUUUCCUGAUAAUUUGAUUCAUUGUACACCUGAUUUUUGGUCUAAAAGGAAUUAUUGCCACAAUAUAUUUUAUUUAUUCUUUAGAGUUUAGCUUUGUAAGUUAAAGUGCUUUACAUGAUGAUGUUAAAAGCUAUUUGUCCCUUUACUGGGUUGGGGGGGGGGCAUUGUUGAAAGAUAGGGAAUGAAGAAUGCAAAAUGGUUUAUUGUUCAUACUGUCCACUCUGAUCCAACCCUGUACUGAUAGUACCUUUCCAGUAUGAUAUUGUGAUGUUUCAUACAAUGCAGUGAACAUAACCAACUUGUUACCUAAAUAAAGAAUUGAGAAAAACAGUG